CGUUCGACUUGAUCCAGCUCCCCCGCUUUGCUUCCAACCAUCCACCACCUACUGAGGCCUCCUCCCCCCGCACCCCCGCAAAACCCUAGCCAGUUCCGGACAACCGGCGAGGUGACCACCGUGGUCGUACCAAUGCUGCACACUGAGGAGCCUCCGCUUGACGCGGACCACUUCGUCGAAGCAGUGCCAUCAUCAGUGCCGCAGCCGCAGCUGCUGGAGGAGUCCGCGCCGCCGCCGCCGCCACCGCCUCAGCCAGUGGAGAAGGACGAGCGGCCUUUACCCGCCGCCGCGCUUCCUCAAUGGUCCGAAUCGGGCCCGGGUCAAGAUAAGGGAGACAAAGAGACACGGCAAGACAAAAAUCUCUUGUCUCUUCUAGGUGCAGAAGACAAGAGCGACAGUCAGAUCUGUCAAGAACAAAGGUUUAAGGAGAACUUCCUGAACAACAAGAUGGUGUAUGCCCAUACUCAGUGCUGCUCGCGUCAUUUGAAAAUUGAAAAGACUGAUUUUGAUGUGGGUGCGUCUUUAAUUAACCCCAAAAACUGGAUUUGUUUUGUUAAUUCUGUUCUACAAUGCUUGGUUCACACUGUUCCACUUGUGUCCAAGCUUCUGAAAGAUCCUCACCUACAUAAAUGUCCUGAUCAAUUCUGCGGUUACUGCUCCCUACGAAACCAUGCUUUUGAAGCUAUUAGGCUCUCAGGACAUGUCCUGUACCCCACCAACUUUAUCAACUGCCUACAUAUAAUAUCUCAAGAUUUCGUACGGGGCAAGCAGCAAGAUGCACAUGGAUUCCUCAACUGCUUCUUUGAUAAGUUAGGCAAGGCAACUAUUUCUCCCAGAUCUGAACCUCGCGGAUCCAUUGUCCAAGAAGUUUUUGGUGGUGAACUAGAAAGCGAGUUAUCACAUUGCCCAAAGUGCAAUCAUCGUCCCUCAAGCAAGUUGGAACCCUUCUCUGACCUGAGCCUGGAGAUUAAUCAAGCGGGCACUGUCGUGGAUUCACUGUUAUCAUAUACAAAAGCUGAGGCGCUUGAAGAUUACCGUUGUGAAUCAUGCAAUAGUUGCAUGAAGAGGGAAAAGCACCUCAAGGUGAAGAAGGCUCCUGAAGUUCUCAUAAUGCAUCUAAAACGAUUCCAAAGUGCGGGGCACCGUACAUCUAAAAUAACUGACAUGGUGAACUAUCAGUUAGAGUUGGAUUUAGCCCCCUUCAUGAGCUCCCCGGAUGAGCAACCACAAAAUUAUGAUCUGUAUGGAGUCGUCGAGCACGUUGGUUCCGGGAAAGAUUCUGGUCACUACAUGAGUUAUAUCCGUUCAUCAGAAACUGGUUGGUUUUGCUUUGACGAUCAUAAGGUUUGGGAAAUCACCAAGGAAAAAGCUCUGGACACAAAAGCGUAUCUUUUGUUCUAUGUCAAGCAUGGUUCUUGCCCGUGGUUCUCUACUUUACUUGAGAAAAAGAAGGCUGAUAAUAUAGAGUUCAAGCCUCGAAAGGUACAAACAACUUCGGCCGAGAAGAAGGCCCGUAAGAAACAACAAAGGGAUAAAGCUGUGGAGGAUGAUUCUUGUUCUCAGUGCACACCUAAUGGGCAGAAGAAACUGCUUUCCCCCAAAAUGGACAGCCAUUUCCAUCCAAGUUUGGUUGAGCAGUCAUGGUAUUCCUGGUGGGAAUCAGCGCAUUACUUUGGGGCAGAUUCUACAUGCACAAAGCCACCAUUUGUUAUGGUUCUGUCCCCCCAAGAUGUGGAAGGAGACCUUAGCCAUGCAUAUACAGUGGCUAUACAAGAUGCCAUGAUACGUUGGCGUAGAAUGUCAGGCUACAAUGCUUUAUUGGUCCCUGGAGUGGGCCAUGCUGACAUGCCUACUGAGGUAUGCCAAUCGAAAGCUCGGUGUGAUAGAAAUAUGAACCUGCGCCGUCUUGGAGUCUCAGUUGAUUGGUCACGCGAGGUUCUUACAAUGGAUGAGAAAAGAUCAAAAGCCGUAACUGAAGCUUUUGUCAGCUUCCACAAGGCAGGCCUGAUACGUAGGGAUUGUCGCCUUGUGAAAAAUGAUUGCACACCUGAAACUACAAGUUCUGACACUAAGGGGUUGUACAAGGACAUGCUGAAGAAUGAAAUGAGUUUAGGCGUUCACUCAGGAACUAAUGAUGUAGUGGAACCUAUGCUAAAAUCACAGUGGUUUCUUAAUGGCAACACCAUGGCCAAGGCAGCACAUGACGCUCUAAAGUCUAAACAAGUCGAAAUUAUUCCCCAGCACUAUGAAGAGCACUGGCACAACAGAGAAAAUAUAAAUGAUUGGUGUGUUUCAAGGCAACUUCCAUGGGGACAUCGUGUACCUGCGUGGUACGUGACAUUAGAAGAUGACCAUGAUAGAAGUAUUGGUUAUUGUGAUAAUCGCUGGGUAGUUGCAAGAAGCGAGAAGGAUGCAAAUCUGGAGGCACAAAAAAAAAAUCCAGGAAAGAAAUUCCAACUUGAUCAAGACCCUGAUGUUCUAGACACAUGGUUUUUGUCUAGCCUCAUCCCCUUAAUGGUAUGUGGUUGGCCGGCUGAUAUGGCUGACUUCAGGGACUUGUACCCUACGUCUGUGUUGGUAACUGGAUACGAUACUCCCUCUCUUUGGGUAGAACGGACAGUGAUGAUGGGGAUGCAACUGGUUGGGAAUGUGCCCUUUCAGAAGGUUUAUUUACUUCCGAAUAUUGAUGCACAUGGCCAAGCAAAGUCGGAAUCGCUUGGCAGCAACAUCAGUCUUCUUGAGGUGAUGACAAAUGGCAUGUCGCUUGAAAAAAUUCAGAAACAUGUGGAAGAUGGCGACAUGAACCUAAAUGAAUUAAACAUUAGAAAAGAAAUGCUGGAGAAGGACUUACCUGAUGGUAUACCUGAAUGUGGUAUCGACGCGGUCUGCUUUGCACUGAUUUCAUGCAGUUCACAGGUUGAAAGGGUAAAUUUCGAUAUCAGAAGAGUGAUCAGAUUCAGAGAAGGUUGCAGUAAAUUGUGGAAAGCCUUCCGUUUUGCACUGGAGAAACUUGGGGACCAGUAUGUUCCACCUACAACGGUAGAUGUGUCUAUCUUACCGCCAAUUUGCAAAUGGAUUCUUUCAGUUCUAAACAAAACGAUAGUGAAGACUGUUACCUGUUUAGAAGUUCACAAGUUCUCUGAUGCCAGUUCUGCUGUAUACUCAUGGUGGCAACACCAAAUGCGCAUUGUAUUUAUAGAGUCAAUAAAAUGUUAUUUCGCUGAUAGAACUCAGAGCUUUGAAUGUGAAAGGGCUGCCAUUAGGGAUACCCUAUGGAUUUGCUUGGACAGUGGUUUGCGCUUGCUCCAUCCAUUCAUGCCUUAUAUUACAGAAGAGCUCUGGCAGCGUCUUCCACAGCCGAAAGGUUCUUCUAGGAAAGAUUCCAUCAUGAUUUCGGAAUAUCCAUCUCAUGUGAAGGAGUGGACAGAUGAUGAACUUGAAAAAGAUAUCAGCAUUGUCUUGGAUGUUGUGCAAAAAAUAAAGCUUCUGAAGUUACCAACAGAUACAAAUGAAAGACGAACUGCUUUUGCACUUUGCCAAGGGGAAGGGCCUGCUUACACCUUGCAAUGCCAUCAAUCUUUAAUUCUGUCCCUAUGUUCUGUAUCACAUUUUAAGAUUCUGAGAGAGAAUGAUCAAUCUCCAGUUCAGUGUGUAACUGCUGCUGUAAACGAAGAGAUCACUGUGUACGUUCAAAAUGCAGAUGCUCGGCACGAAAAGCUAGGAGAAAUGGAGUGUGUGCUUCAAUAUCGACAUGCCUACGAGGAGACACAUCCAGACAUUGAGCUAGAAAUUGCCUCUCCAUAUCCGCCAGAUGAUGGAUGUCUAAUUGAAAGAAUAUUCCUCACCUUCCUAAGAGGGGUGCAAAAAAACCUUAUUAAUGCGGCAACUAUCUUCCUGAAAGAGGAUGUUGACUACAAAUGUGAAAACCUGUCCAUCACCAUUUCCAACAUACCCAGGCCGUGCAGCUUAUUGUCACUCAAGGAUUUUCGGAAGUCAUCUGAGCAUAAACCAGCAGUAGAACGUGAUAUCUACAGUGCCGAAACUUGCUUAAGACUAACGACAACAACACCGUCUGGAAGGAUUCCCCUUCUAAAUCUUCUUAAGAAGAUUUGUAGCAACUUUGAGAGAGGAAAAAGCUGGAACGGUCAGUGGAACAUUGAGGAUGUCAUAGUUUAUGUCGUGAUGUAUCAGGUGGAUAUACUGAAGCCUUUCUCUAGUAAAUGUAAUCAUAGUACCUUGGCAAAGGAUCUUAUGGUGGUUAUCAAGGAUAUUAUUCCAGAGUUCAGAUGUGGUGGGAAUUAUCCUUCCUUUUUCGGGAAGUUAAUCGGUACUUUACAGGAGUACCUUGCUGAUCCUUCUAUCAGUGGUAUUCGCUGGAAUGAGUUUAACUAUGUAUUAUUCACCCAUUUUGCAAUCAAAUCGCCUCUGGCAUGGUCUACAUUUUUGGAUGAUCUUCAUGAAGUAUUCCAGUCCUUAGGGGAUAGAGCAAGGGGGCUUUUGCAGCAUUUGUUGUCAAAAACAGAGCGUAUGAAAGACUGGAGGUUCGUUUUUGAGCCAUCGGAAGCGGUACAUCCUGUUCUGGCAAUAGUAUAUGAGCAUAAUCGGAAAAAGAAGGAGAAGAUCUCCAGAGAAAGGGAAGGUGCAAUUGAGGAUGAUCGAAAUACGAGUUUUGUAAAUGAGGAUGACAGUGAUGUGGGGCAGACCGAUCUACAAGCCUCGCAAGCCCUGGUUGAAGGAGUUCAAGCUGGUGAUGAAGAGAAAGAAAUUCUGUAUAAAGUGGUGGCUCAAACCCAUGAGGCAUGGCAGAUCCAUCUGCAAGAAGAGUUGCAAGCUCUUAUUCCAGGAGCGCAAACCAAUGAGGAUCUGGAUGAAACGGUGGUUCAAACUCUGGCCAUACGUGUUGUAGAAGUACUAGUGAAGGAAGCUCACGAUGCCGGUAUUAUCGAGGACAAAGAUGCUCAUGUAGAAGUACCGGUCCCAGCUGAACCCAAUGCUCCAGAAGUACCGGUCCCAGCUGAACCCAAUGCUCCAGAAGUACCGGCCCCAACUGAACCCAAAGGGGCUAAGGAAGCAAACAUUUUACAGGAAGACAGUCAUUCUUCAGAAGUACCGGUCCCAGCUGAACCGAAUGCUCCCAAGGGCGAUAAAAAAAUAUUUCCUUUCCCUGAAUCCCCUUCAGGGUUAUUGAUUUGUUCGGGGCAUACCAAGCAACACGGAUCCAUAGGAGCUAGAGAUAAAAAAGGAAGACAAUUAUUAAAAACGAUAUCAGAAGUUGUGUUGAUAAUCGGUCAUUAUUUGGAAGACUUGGCUGAAAUACCAAAAGCGUUGAUAUAUAACCUCGACCGAUUCAAGAAAGACGUGAUAGAUAAUCCCAACAUAAACGGGUUCAAUGCUGAUGACUUCGAAGAAUUCAUAUUGAUGUUUACGGAGAUUCUUGAGCAGUUAGAUACUCCUGAAGUUAGUAAAUAAAAGGUUUGUGCCUUCCUGGCGGGGUUAUUCCGUUUAGGUCUAACCAGGAGGGUGCAAAUCAUCGCCUCCAAUACGCUUCUCGCUCAUUGGAAAACAGGAGCUUUCGGCUGUAAGCCUUGGGCACAUGAUCAACGAGUACUCUGGUCCCAACAUAAGUGUUCAUGACCUAGAUCUUCACCACACCCUCAAGGAGUGAGGUUAUCCUAUUGACAACAUAUCAACUGCCCGGGGCAAUUACAAACAGAUAAGAGGUGACUUCUACAACAUAUCAAGAACCCCAAGACACAAGCAUCCCAAGCCUUAUGUGAAAUACCUUACGACCAUCGGAUUGUCAUCACUGGAACACACCAAUCCAAAACAAUUUGGAGUACCACUUGGCUGAUCUGUAAAAAUCUCGUAAUUUACCUGCUCAUACAUACUCUUUCCUAUUACCAACGCACUCUUGUUGGAAUGUGGGCGCUUGCCCAUUUUUGUUGCCCGGAAGUCUUGGGUGAUUAUGAAGAGUCCAGCACAAGGUAUGAUUUGCCUAUCACGGAAGGAAAUGAUGAGACCGCUACCAGUUGUUUUGUGAAGGAUUUCCAAGAGGGCCUCAGAGCAUAAAUAUUUUUACGGCCACAGAAGUCGGUGGUCUUGGAAUUACACUCACUUAGGCACCUCGCGUGAUAAUAGUCCAGGCAACCAGAUCGUCGAUCGGGUUUAUUGAAUUGGACAAACCAAAGAUGUGAUUGUCUACCGCCUGGUGACAUGUGGGACCAUCAAAGAAAAUAUAUACAAAACGCAGGUCCUCAAGAGUGCUUUGUGUAGGGUAGACAUGGAAGUGAAAGCGCAGACACGUUACUUCAGAAAGUGACACUCAACAUUCUUUUAUCCUGUCAGAACAAGGUUUCAAUGUUCCCCUUACGCAGAAAUUGUUGGAUGAAGAGCAUGGACAGCAGCUUGACGUCGGGGAUGAGCCGUUGCGGGAGCGCAUCCAGUUUCUGGAGCAACAAGGAAUAGCAGGUGUGAGCCAUCACAGACUCCUGUCUUCAAAGACAGAUGUCUCACCUACACUAAGCGAAAAUGAUGCACCGGACAGGGGUGCUCGUGCUACGUCGCUUCACUGCUAUAAGUCGUUUAAGCGAUUCAUGUGUAAAUCUCGUAACACUACGAGAUUUUUCUACUUUCCGAAAAUACCCUCGCUCGACACGCAUUUGCCCACUCGCUCACUCUCUCAUCCCCUCGUCCACUCGCACUCAUCCCUCCCCUCGCUCUUCUCCCUCACCACCCAGAUCUCAUCCUCGCCGCCGGCUUCUCCUCACCACCCUGUUUCCUCUCCUCACCGUGUGCUGCACCGCGUUUUCCUCUCCAUGUCGUUGCCGGCCUCUCCCCACCACCAUGUCGUCAAAAGAUCAAUUCUAUUUGCCGGCGAUGAAUGCGACGGAGGUGCUGGAUCCGCGUGCGCCGACGCCGGAGCCAAAGCGGCGCUGCAUGUGGAGCUGCGCUAGAGCAGCGGAGCCACGCCGGAGCAGCGGAGAGGCGCUAGAUGUGGAGCUGCCCCGAAGAGAAUCAACGGAGAGGCGCUGGAUGUGUUCGCGCGAUUUCUACUCCCCUGAUUGGUUUCUGGUGCCGUCAGGCGAGAGUUCGCUGUAGGGAGCUAGGAUUUCGUCCAUCUGCAGUGAAUCGGACGUGUCCACGAUUCAACGGCCGCCCGGCACUGUUGCCAAGUCCUAAUCUCUGCAAUUGUUGAUAAAUGGAUGAAAUUACUCCAUCAGGUUGGGGCAGAAGCUGAUUUUAGAUUCUUCUUCAGCAGGCUGAUCAGGUUGGGAGCUGGUGUCAGCCGGAUGGGCAAACGACAGCCGCAACCUCUUCACGCCUGCACGCAUGACGCUUCAGGAUGCAGUUGAUUUCGAAGGUAUGGUCCUGAAGUGUCUGGAAUUUGGAGGCCCUGUGCAACCGGAGCCGCUCCGGUUGCACAUGCCAAGAUAUGAGCCUGGGGGUUGCAAUGGAGCACCAUCGGUGAUUGCAAUGGAGGGCUUCUGGCGCUGCAAUGAAGCGCCGCCGGUGCUUCGACUGUCGCGCGGUGCUGUGAUUGGUGCUGCCAUGGAAGCUGUUGCGCUGAAGCUUUUUGAUCGUGCUCGGUGUUGCCAUUUUGAGCAGCGACCCGGAUGGCUCCCCGGUGUUGUGAUCUGGUGGUCGCCGAUGGCACCAGUGCUCUGAGGUCGCCGAAGGGUGCACAUGCUAGGUGAUGUGUGUGGUGGAUGGAAGAACACCGGAAGAAGAUGAUGAUUCCGUUUGCUGAUCGCACGGCCACCAUCCAUUAGAUCGAUCUGCUGGUUGGGCGUCUUAUUUCUAUAACAAAUCAAUAGGAUGAUUUGUAGCAGCCGCCAUUUAAUUUUGCCUACAUAUUAAUUCUUUUGACCCUGAACGCAGAGCUAGCUGUUGUACAACAUGCAAACAACUAAGGCGGGAAAUAUUUUCUUUAUGCCGGAAACAUAGAGCACAUGACUCUUGAUUGAUGCCA